AUGGAUAUAAAUAGUUUUGACGACACAGCUUAUCAGGUAUUUUAUAAAAGAAUUACUAAACCUAAUUUAAAGUUGGGUGUUGAUCAAGUUGAUACUUUUAUUGAAAACAACCCUUUAAUCGUAAUCAAUCAAACUUUACAACAACAACAACAGCAACAAACAUUUAAUAAACUAAAUAUUAAUAAUAAUUUUAAUAACAAUAAUAGUAAUAAUAGUAAUAAUAGUAAUAAUAAUAUAAUAUAUAAAAGAGGUGGUGUAAUUGAAAUUAAUGGUAGUAGUGGAACUGGUAAAUCAGAGUGUGCACUUCACAUUGUAGUACAAUCUAUACUUCCAAACAAUUGGCCAAUCUAUGAGAGUAAUAGUAACUCAAGUGAAUUGGUAUUUGGUGGCAAUGAAAUAGGUGUUGUUUACUUUGAUAAUGAUUACAAGUUUGACCUUGAAAGACUACGUAGUAUCAUUCUUUUGAAGUUCAAUCAUUGUCUAACAAACAAACAACAUCAAAUAGCAGAGAAGAUCAAAUUACAAAAAGAUAAAGAUUCAUCGUCAACACCCGAUGAAUUAUUCAUUCAACAAUUAGAUAUCAAUGAUAGUUCAUCAUCGUCAUCAGCCUGUUAUAUAUUAUUUGAAAAGCUAUUCAACGAAUGUCUGUCAAGAUUAUAUAUAUACAAAUGUAAAGAUAGUGUACAGUUUAUAUCGACGUUGAAUGCUCUACCUCAUCUGAUAAAAUCGGUUGGCAAAGAAGUUAGAGACGGUUCGGCAAAGCGUGAAAUCCAGCUAGUAGUAAUCGAUAGUGUUUCUUCAUUCUACUGGCUCGACAAACAAGGUGAAUCGCUGGGUAGUCGACUCGGUCAGUUGGUCGGUCUCGAUCUAUUCCACCAGAUCAUUAGCCAAUACCAACUUACAGUAAUAGGUAUUAAACAAUCGAUAUUUAAAGAAGGUACAAAUACAACACCCAACUUUAACAACAAUAACAAUCAUCAAAUUACCAAACCACCUUUACCUAAAAACGAUUUUCUCGGACCACAAUGGAGUAGACUUGUCAAGUACAGAAUCAAAUUGGAAACUAAAUACAAUAUCGAUAAUAUAUUUAACAUUGAUAACAGACCACAAAUAGAAUUCAAAUCUCAAUCAUUAUCAAUUUCAAGGAUAUAA